GGAAGGAGGAGUGGCUGACCUGGGAGCUGGGAGAUGGAUAUGGAACGGCUCACCCCCACACAGCCCUCUGCAACCGUGAGGGCGGGAUGGUCUGAGCCCCAGCCCUUGCGACGAUCGCGGUCAGCCCCACUCCAUGACCAGCCUGUUGGAGGAACGCACGCACUGGCACGGACCCAAGCACUGGAAAGUGAAGAUGAAAUCGCCUCUGAUCUGGAGGAGAUCAAGGAGAAAUCAGACAGUGGUGGCAGUGAUUUUGGGAAGAAAAAGAGAAAGAAACGAAAGGAGAAGAAAGAGAAGAAAAUUAAGCGACGGAAAAAGGAGCAGGGUGAGGAGGAGGAAGGUCGCAAGGCUGAACCGAAGACCUCUGCUCGCCUACUGGAGGACUGGGGGCUGGAAGAUGUUGACCAUGUCUUCACUGAAGAUGACUAUCGCACUUUAACUAACUACAAGGCCUUCAGCCAGUUUAUGAGGUGGGGUCAAAGAGGCACAUGUGCCCCAAGGUUCUCCCUGAGAGAAAUCACCCUGCUGCCUCUGGAGCAGGAGGCGGAGACUCUGUCUCGUCUCGAUAUAAAACCGCUUGGAGGCCGAGACCAAGGCUCCAGGAAAGGGCUGAUCUUCCCCGGGCACCCAGCAAGAGGGACGGAGCAGGAGCUCCGGAGGAGGAGGAAGCCUAGCCCGGCUCCGACAGACAGACAGACAUACAGAGAAAGAGACUGUCCCAGUUCACCUGGAGAUCGGAGACAGACAGCAAGACAGAAUGAUACAACAUGA